AUGGUUCUCGCUGUCGAUCUUCUCAACCCCACUCCUCAGGCUGAGGGCCGCAAGCACAAGCUUAAGACUCUUGUGCCCCAGCCCCGCUCCUUCUUCAUGGACGUCAAGUGCCCCGGCUGCUUCACCAUCACCACCGUCUUCUCCCACGCCCAGACCGUCGUCAUCUGCGCCGGCUGCUCCACCGUCCUGUGCCAGCCCACCGGUGGCAAGGCCCGUCUGACCGAGGGCUGCUCUUUCCGCCGCAAGUAA